AUGGAUCUCAAAGAAUCCAUCAGCAACCAAACUGAAGUCGGACUGGAGAUAACGAAGCAACUGCUCCAAACCGAGUUCAAAGACAAGAACAUGGUGUACUCCUCAGUAUCUAUCCACAUCGUGCUGAGUCUAAUAGCAGCUGGGAAAACUAGUUCCGAUCUGGACCAGUUUCUGUCUUUCCUCAAGUCCAAGUCCAUCGACGACCUCAACUCCUUCGCCUACAAUCUCGUAACUUCCAUUUUGGCCGAUGCAUCCCGCGGCGGCGGGCCAUGUUUGAACUUCGCCAAUGGUCUCUGGCUCGACGAGUCUCUCCCACUGGAUCAUUCUUACGAGAAGGUUCUGUCCACUUCCUACAAGGCGGCUCUAAACCACGUCGAUUUCAAAUCCAACCCCGAGGGAGUGAGAACCCAAGUGAAUUCCUGGAUCAACAAGGAGACCAAUGGCCUUAUCCCUGAGAUUCUUUCUCCGCACUCAGUCACCACCCUAACGAGUCGCAUCUUCGCAAACGCCUUAUACUUCAAAGCAACUUGGGACGAUGAGUACUUUGACGCAUCAAGAACCAGAAAAGGUGAGUUUCACCUUCUGAACGGGGAUUUAGUUAAGGGAGUGCGUUUCAUGACCAGCGGUCAUCGCCACUCCAUAAGUGCCUAUGAUGGUUUUAAAGUCUUGAGUCUUCCUUACAAACGAAGUCGAGAUUACAAGGACAUGCGAGGUUAUAAAAUGCACUUGCUUCUUCCAGAUGCAAGAGAUGGGCUGCCAGCUCUGGCCGAGAGGGUUUGUUCAGAGUCUGGGUUUUUAGAUCGUCAUCUUCAAUGGAAUGAGGUUAAAGUGCGGAAAUUGUUGAUCCGAAAGUUUAAGAUCUCAUCUAGGUUUGAGGCCUCCAGUGUUAUGGAGAAACUAGGGCUGCCGGCUGAUGCCAUGGUGAUGAUGCAUGAAGCCUUGAUUGAAGUUGAUGAAAAUGGCACAACAGCUGCAGCUGCUACUGUUGCCCAGUCAUACUGGGCUCUUGCUCCGCCGCCUGAAGUGAAAGAAGAAGACUUUGUGGCUGAUCACCCAUUCAUGUUUCUCAUUAAAGAAGGUCGUGGAACGGUGCUGUUCAUGGGGCAUGUGCUCAAUCCACUUGCUGGCUGA